AUGUACGCCAUCACCAUCCUCGUCCCCUUCCUUCUGGCCCUUGACGCCAUGUUCGCCGCCCCCUUUGGAGGAGCUAUCGGCCUCGUUAUGAUCUCUUGUCUCUCCGGUUAUGAUGAUAGCGAUCCCUCUGCCAAUAUCGUCGCCCUCUUGGCAAACACUCUUACGGCUAUUUGCGUGAAGUAUGCCUUUGGAGGAGGUGUUCUACGGGAGAUCCACGGCAUCGCGCUCAUGUGUGCAUGCAAAGAUUCUUGGGGUGUUACGUAUCCCAGCGCGACUACCGUUGCGACGACCAUGAUAAUGCAUAAGUUUCUUACUUGCGACAAGAAUAUGUUUAUUCUUGAUCUUGUCAUGAUUGUCUGCGCUGCAACCCCCUCUCUUCGACGCAUCCCUCUCCAGGUACUUUCCGUGGCUCUCACACGAACCCACUGCACAUAUUUGUUCAUGCUCCGUCCCUUGGCUCUCAUCCUGCGCAUUACCGUGUCUAUCUUAAAGCUCCCUCUUACUCUCUGGCGCAAGUUAUGUCGAGUUCUAAGAAAGCCUAAGAUGAUUCACGCUAGCACGCAGAUGGACGCUCACAACAAACCUCGACCUCAACCUCAACUGGCCAUAUCUGCGAUCAUAACUGUCACAGACACGCCCCCUAUUACCUCUCUUGAGCCGCCUAUGCCUACACCCAUAGUCCACUCUCACGAGUCCGUUCUCGAGAUCUUUCGAAAGACCAAGCCGAGAAUUACAUUUCUUCGAAGAUCAUUGCUUAUGAAAGAACAGGGUACCGAAACAGGGCUUGUCGAGGAGAUACUACAGGCUCCAGGUCAGACGAUCUCUUCACGUGAAUACCUUAGGAACAAGUGGGCUAUGGCCAAGCAACAUAACCAGCCGAAGCCGACUGAAGGCGCACCUAAGUCUAAGGAGCCUGUUAGCAACCAACCUAGUAUUCUGCAGUCUUCUAUUGACCGGUCUUCUAUUGACCAGCCUACCAUCGAGCAGCCUAUCAUCGAGCAGUCCGUCAUUGAGAAGCCUACCCCUGAGGAGUCUGCCCCUGAGAAGCUCAGUGAUGACAUGCUUUCUAUCGAGAUGCCUCCUAUUCAUGGUUCUCCCAUUUCUCAACCCGCCGAAGAAGAGCCUCUAGAUUUCCAGCCUGCUGUAGAGCAGCUGGUCAUUGAGCAAGCUGUUGCUGUUGAGGGACAUAGUACCGAAAACCCCUCGACCAACGACCCUACUACCUUCGAGCUACCUCCUGCAGAGCAGCAAUCCAUUGUCCGGGCCAAUACUGAACAGCCUACCUCCCAGUACCCCGAGAUUCAGGAGAUGCCUCUCAUUGAUCAGCUUGCUGAGACGAAUUCAAUAGAUGAGCCCACUAUUUCAGAGACUCUUAAGGAGGAACCCUCGGUUGAGCAAUAUGCAAUCGAACAGCCUAGCGAGGAGCCCAUUGCGGAGGAUCAUUCUAUUGAACAGCUCUCACAUUAUGAGCAACCAUCCAAUGAUAUGGCACAAUGGGAAGAGAUUAUUGACAAUAUACUAAACGAUAUGUUGUCUCUAGAUGAUUCGCAGCAGGUCGAGGACAACCAGUUUAGCAGCGAGCAGAUUGUUAUUCAUGAGCCACAUAUCUUCCCCGCGCCAGCAGAGUUCGAUUCCAAUAUACAAUUUUUGGAGAACCCUGUGAGCAUAGAACAAGCUGUCGAAAAUGGUCAUCUUUUCGACAGUGAACAGCAUACUCUAACCCAACCUACCCCCGCGUUCACAUACAACAGCGAGCAGUCUACUGAAGCCGGACAAUCUACCUCCGCUCUUGACUUCGGUGUUGGACAAUCCACACCCAUGUUCUCUCUCGUCAAUGAGCAGCCUACAGAGGUUGAACAGCCUGCUGUCAUCUUUAAUUUCGGCGCUGAACAGUUUAUUCAGCCCGAACAACAUACACCUAUAUCCUCCUUCCUUAAUGAGCAGCCAACUCAGGCUCCACAGCCAAUUCCGGUGUUGUCUUACGGUAAUGAGCAGUUCACAGAAGCUCAGCAACCUGACCUUACUUUUAAUUUCGGUGGUGAGCAAUAUACAUCUGCGCCCUAUUUCGUCAACGAGCAAUCCGCGGAAGCUGGUCAGUCUGCCCCUAUAUUUGACUUUGGUGGCGAACAAUCCGCGCAGAUGUUCUAUUACGACGAUGAGGAGCCUAUCGAACCCGAACAGUACGCUUCAAUGUCCUAUUCUAGUCACCCAGGUUUCACUCAUAUCGGACAACUUACCUUCCCGGAGCAGAGCCAAGUUGACCAGGGCUCCUCGGAUCAUCAAAACCAGCAGAUUAAUGCAAACGAGACAAUGAAUUCUGAUCACUCGGCUUCAAUGGGAUAGAACCCCCAAACCGAUGAUCAAAUUCAAGAGGCAAUGGAUGUCGAAACUGAAGAAGUCGAAACGGGUGAACCAGGUCCGGGGACAAUGAACACCGAAUCCGAUGAUGAUAUUCU